AUGGAGAAGAUCCGGAUACAACAGCAGCAACAGCAGCAACUGCAGCAGCAGCAGCAGCAGAAGCAGCAGCAACUGCAGCAACAGCAGCAACAGCAGCAGCAGCAGCAGCAGCACCUGCUGCUGCCUUCCAUUACUAUACAGCGCAUGCACCAGCAUCAACUACAGCAGCAACAACAACAACAGCAGCAGCAGCAGGAUCAGCAACAGCAGCAGCAGCAGCAGCAGAUGGCGGGAAUCUACCGUCCUUCUUUAUUCUCCUUCCUUAUGCCUCCCGAUACCCGCAGCAACAGCAGCAGCAGCAGCAGCAGCAGCACGAAUGCAGCAGCUGCUGCGGCUGACCUCCAACGACGCAUGCUAGAUAGCACAAAAGCAGCAGCAGCAAAACUGCAGCAACUGCAGCAGCCAAAGCAGCAGCAGCAGCAACUCGAUGACUUCCGUAGCUGCAGCACGUACAGCAUCAGUCUUCAGCAGGUUCAGGACGGCGACCAGCAGCAGCAGCAGCAGCAGCAAGACCGGCAGCAGCAGCAGCAACAGCAGCAGCAGCAGCAGCAGCGGAACCAGCAGCAACAGCAGCAACAGUACAGGGGCUGGUUCACUAUUUGUUUACACUAA